UUACCCACGAUCUGGCAGCACUGUUAAAUCCAUGCAAUAAGUUAUGCCACGUUCUUAAGAGCAGUCGGAUGCGUUUUGUUUACAUGUUUCUGGAGUUUUCUAAAUAAAUAAAAUACAAUAAAAUAAAAAUGGAGUCAGAUUAUGAUGAAGAUCGUAGCGGUUGGGGUGAUGAAAUGGGUCGAAAUACUGAUGAAUAUGGAAGCGAAGAUACAUUUGAUAAUCCUCAAGAAGUUUUAGCUGAAUGUUUAGAUAAAUUUAAAACAGCUGAUUAUAUAAUGGAACCUGGAAUUUUUACGCAAUUAAAAAGAUAUUUUCAAGCGGGUGGAAAUCCAGAACAAGUUAUAGGAUUAUUAUCCAGAAAUUAUACUGCUUGUGCACAAAUGGCCAAUCUCCUUGCCGAGUGGCUCAUUCUGGCAGGAGUCAAAGUUACCGAUGUACAAGCGAUGGUGGAAAAUAAUUUGAAAGAUAUGAUUUUGAAAACGUUUGAUCCAAAAAAAGCUGAUAAAAUUUUUACUGAGGAAGGAGAAACACCAGCCUGGUUAACAGAAAUGAUACAACAUCCUACUUGGAGAUCGCUUAUUUAUAGACUUGCUGAAGAAUAUCCUGAUUGUCUCAUGCUAAAUUUUACUAUCAAACUCAUAUCUGAUGCUGGUUUUCAAGGAGAAAUUACAAGUAUUUCUACAGCUGCACAGCAAAUAGAAGUAUUCUCUCGGGUUUUAAAAACAGCUAUUGCUGGAUUCUUACAAAACACGGAAAAUUGGCAAUCCAGUAUUCAAGAAUGUGCUAAAAUGGUCUGUCAUGGUCAACACACUUAUGUUUACAGUCAAGUAUUAUUACAAAUACUUGCACAAGAACCCAAAGGUGGAUUUAUGAUGAAAAGACUUUCUCAGGAAAUUACCAAAUGCGCUCAACAGAAUCGACACGAUGUUACUCCAAUUACAAUGGCUCUCAACGGAGCAGCAAGUAGCCCUGCAGCGUGUGAAGCAUUAGCAUCCAUGUUAUCACGAAAUAAUUUGAAUCCUGCAGAUAUCUCUGUAUUAUACCGUAAUUAUUCAGCGGCAGAGCCUCCAUCAAUUGAAUUACUUCGUAAUCCUCAAUUUUUAGAACUAUUAGUGGAUGCGUUAUUUAAACCUGGAGUUAAAGUAAAUCCUGAACAUAAAUCAAAAUAUAUAUUCUUAUUAGCAUAUGCUGCAAGUGUAUGCGAAGUUCCUGCGAAAAAGGGUAAUGCCCGUAAAGUUAACAAAGAAGAACUGAAGAUGACUAUUCAAGCAAUUGAAAAAGUUCAUAAUAUUUGCAACAUUAAUAAAGGUUCAACUGAACUUGUUGUAGAACUACAAACUAUUUAUCAAUGUUUACGUUUUCCUGUUGUAAGUGUUGGAGUGAUCAGAUGGGUCGAAUGUACAGUUACAGAACCAUCAUAUUUUAAAUUAUGUACUGAACACUGUCGUCCCGUUCAUCUUGCUUUGCUCGACGAAGUUGUUGCUUGUCAUCCUUUAUUGCAUACAAAAGUAUUGCAACUUCUUGUACAAUUAUUUGAAAGUAAACAGGAUGAGCUUGAAAUACUUGUACAGUUGGAGAUAAAAAAAAUGUUGAUUGACAGGAUGGUUAAUUUACUGAGUCGCGAUUGUGUAAUUCCAGUAGUAUGCUACAUAAAACAAUGUUGGCAACGUGGUGAUACUGAUGUUUCCUUAAUUCGAUAUUUUGUUACUGAAGUAUUAGACACAAUUGUGCCUCCUUACACGCCUGAAUUUGUACAAUUAUUUUUGCCAAUGGUUGAAGACGAAGAAAUAACAGGAACUAUGCGUGGAGAUAACGACAAUGAUGUUGUUUCUGAAUUUAUAGUAUACUGUAAAGCACAAUGUCCAGUUGUAAGAUGACGCUUAAAAAACUAAUAACAUCGACAACAAUAGUUAAGCUAAAAAAUAGCCAUGACAAAGUGGAAGAUGAUUUUAUUUCAUAUGUGAAUUAGGAUCAUCAUACAUAAGUUAUUUCUAUAAAUG